GGUUGUUAUAUGGUUGUUAUAUGGUUGUUAUAUGGUUGUUAUAUGGUUGUUAUUUGAGUAAUUACUUCUCUUUGGGUGUUCAAAUGUAGCUCAAAGACGUAUUAAAUGAAACUCAUUAUAUCUCAAAGGCUGUUCUAUUCGCCCGAAUCCCCUUUAGGGCCUUUAAUUAUAACUCCGUCUGGCGCUCUUUAAUAAAAUGACAUCAGCUUUUGAUGCCACACAAUAUUAGAGUAAGGGGUUGAUAGGCGGUUUACCACGCUGAAGCAUCAUAUGGUUCGUAUCUCAGUCAUUAGCCCGUAAGAUACAGCUAUCGAUGGCAUCGUCUUAUCGCCAUAAUAAAGUUUGAAUAAUAGAUAGAGCCGUGCACUGCGGGUUUUCAUUUACGGACUAUAUAAUGAAUUAGAAGCACCCAAUAAUGAUUUUCUUUCCAUAGACGUCAAGAUGAGUUCUUCAAAUGAUUUGGAGUCAUAUCUGGCAAAGAUAUUACCUCAGAAGAGGCUUUUUUCAUUUUUACUCAAGCAGAAAACGGUUCCUCUACCCGAAGAACAUGAAAGAAAACCGUUUGGAUACAAAGAUGCAAAUUUUAUAUCAAGAUUAUUCUUUUGGUGGGUGACACCAGUCUUGAAUGUUGGUUAUCGUCGUACUCUCCACGCCAAAGACUUAUUCAAGUUAACUGAAGAGCUUACCGUUGAGUAUCGAUUAGAACUAUUCAAAAAUUGUUUUGAAAGUAGGUUAGAGUAUCAUAGAAGAAGACAUUUGAAGCAAAAAUUAAAGAAUAACCAGGAUGGCCUGAUUGACCUUGAUGAACUCCGUCAAACGGAUGAUUUCAAAAUGCCCAAGUUUAUGUUGGUUGAGGUUAUGUUGAUUGUAUUCAAGAAAGAUUUACUUAUUGCUACAAUUUUUGGACUUAUCUGUUGUUUGGGGCUCACUUUGGCUCCUUUUGCCAGUAAGAAACUUAUUCAAUUUGUUGAAUUGAAAGCUUUGGGAUCUGAUAUUGCUAUAGGUAAAGGAAUUGGUUAUGCUUUUGCUACCGCUCUUUUGGUUUUAAUCAGUGGUAUAUCCCUGUACCAAUUUCAGUAUUUUGGUAGUAUAGUGGGGACUCAAUCAAGAUCUGUUUUAACUCAAAUGAUUUUGGCGAAAAAUUUUAAAUUGAGCCCUAAGUCCAGACUCAAAUACCCUCCUGGUUCGGUCACUUCCUUAAUUAGUACUGAUUUAUCAAGAGUAGAUAUCGCUUUUGUUUACCAAGUUAUUUUGGUGGCUCUCCCUAUCCCAAUGGGGGUCUCUAUUGCGAUCUUAAUUACCAAUAUUGGGGUAUCUGCGCUUAUCAGUAUUUUGAUUUUCGUCAUCUUCUUGGCUGGUAUUGGUUAUUUUUCAAAACUUUUAUAUGCUUAUCGUAAUAUAUUAUCACUGUUAACAGAUACGAGAGUCGGUAUUAUAAGAGAAAUUAUUUCAAACUUGAAAAUGAUCAAGUUUUAUAGUUGGGAACUCCCAUACUGGAAAUCAUUGACUAAAAUUAGAGGUGAAGAAUCAAGUUUCGUUUUCAAAGUUCAAGCAAUAAGAAGUUUGGUAACGGUGUUGAGUAUGAGUUUGACUGGUGUUGUUACAAUGAUUGCUUUUCUUAUAUUAUAUGCUUUUGAACGUCAUAUCAAAGAUGCCGGUUCUAUGUUUUCUUCAGUCCAAUCAUUUCAAGCCUUUGGUAUGCUUUUCUUCUUCAUUCCUCAAGCUUUAUCGACGAUGGCUGAUUUAUUCAUGGCUGCAAAAAGAGCUGGGGAAUUUUUAACUUGCGAAGAGUUUGUUCAAAAUGAAAAUUACGUUACUCUCACUGAUGAAAAAGAUGAUUUUGCAAUCAAAAUUUCAAAUGCACAAUUUGAAUGGCAACUUCAGGAAACAAAUAAUGAAGAUUCAACCGAUUCUACUGGUGAGGAUGCUGACGCAAAGGCUGCCACGAAAUUGCUGAAGCUACGCAAUAUAAACUUUAAAAUUGCUAAAAAGCAGUUUAUUACAGUGACAGGACUGAUUGGUAGUGGUAAGUCCUCUUUGUUGAAUGCUAUCUCAGGUAACAUGACGUUGAGUGAAGGUAAUGUUGUUAUUAAUGGAUCUUUAUUGAUGUCGGGUGACCCAUGGAUCCAAAAUGCAACCAUUAGAGAAAAUAUUCUUUUUGGAACACCUUUCAAUAAACACUGGUACGACUCAGUUGUAUUUGCCUGUGGUUUGCAGGAGGACUUGAAAAAUUUAGAAGCUGGUGACUAUACCGAAGUUGGUGAAAAGGGAGUGACAUUAUCAGGAGGUCAGAAAGCUAGAACUGCAUUAGCAAGAGCGGUGUACGCUAAUUUUGACAUUAUUUUGUUGGAUGAUGUUCUUAGUGCUGUUGAUGUUAAAGUGGGUCAACAUAUCAUAGAACACUGUGUCUUUGGGUUAUUAAAAGAUAAGACUGUUAUUUUGGCAACUCAUCAAUUAUCUCUCGUUGGUUCUGCCGAUAAGAUUAUCUUCAUGAAUGGUGACGGUACUAUGAGUAUGGGUACUAAAACUGAAUUAUUGUUACAGAAUCCAUCGUUUGCUAGAUUGAACGAGUUCAGUACAACUAAAGAAAGUGAAGACGACUCUGAUAGUAUUGAACAAGAUUUAGAGGAAGUUGAACUCUUGGUUGAUGACAACGAUGGAAAACACACUCAACUUAAAAGGAGAAAUGUCGGUAAAGAAGUUGCAAAAUUAGAGGAGGAAAAUAUUUAUGAAGAUCUUGACAUAGAUAAAGAUAUAACCAAGGGAAAGAUCAUUCAAGAGGAAGAAAGAGCGGUGAAUCGACUCAAAGCAGAAGUUUAUAUUACGUACAUAAAAGAAGGUACGAAAAACUUAACUAUGUCAGGUUUUUUUGGCAUUCUUUUGUUCUUAGCUUCCAUAUCAUUAUUCUGUCAACUUUUCAUGAAUACUUGGUUGUCUUUCUGGAUUAGUCGUAAAUUUGAAAGUAGAUCAGAUAGUUUUUACAUUGGACUUUAUGUCAUGUUUGUUCUUCUUUGGGUUGUUUUUUCUGUAAUAGAAAAUAUUUAUUUGGCUGCAGUUUUUACAAAAUCUUCUAAGAAUUUAACAUUAUCGGCAAUGAAAAAGGUUUUAGGUUCACCUAUGAGUUUCAUUGAUACUAAUCCAUUGGGUAGAAUCAUCAAUCGUUUUUCAAAAGACACAGAUGCAAUGGAUAAUGAAAUUGGACCUUUAUUGAUUUUGGCUAUUGACUUCAUAAGUAAUAUCAUUGGUACUAUUAUUCUUAAUAUUGUUUACAUGCCUUGGAUUGCUUUAGCAAUACCAGGAAUGUUUUUCUUCUUCUUUGCAAUCUCAAAUUAUUACCAAGCAUCAAGCAGAGAGAUAAGAAGACAAGAAGCUUUGCUGAGGUCUUUCGCUUACACUGCCCAUUCAGAAAUAUUAACGGGUAAAAAUACUAUUUUAAACUUUGGUAAAUCGUCAAUGUUUUUGGAGACCAGUAGUGAGUUAAUGGAUAAUAUGAAUGAAUCUUCAUAUAUGGUACUAGCAUGUCAACUGUGGCUUAAUAUUAAUUUGGAGAAUUUAGCUUUUGUUUUUGUUCUUCUUAUUGCUUUGUUGUGUGUUAACAGAGUUUUCCAUUCAAGUGCAUCAACCUCAGGGUUAUUGCUUACAUAUACUAUUCAGUCAGCGAGUACAUUGGCACCAUUAUUAUCAACAUUAACAAAAGUGGAGAAUGACAUGAAUGCAGUGGAACGCUUGUGUCAAUAUGCUCUUCAUUUAAAACCAGAAAGGGAAGAGAGAGCUCAGCAAUUAAUCGAGCCUGGCUGGCCAUCAAGUGGAGCUAUUGAAUUUCAAAAUGUAUCCAUGUCUUAUAGGGCAGGUUUACCUUUGGUUUUGAGGGAUUUGAGCUUCAAGGCAAACUCUUCUGAGAGAAUUGGUGUUUGCGGUAGAACAGGUGCUGGUAAAUCUUCAAUCAUGUCUGCUUUAUAUCAGUUGGUGUCUUUAACCAAAGGUAAGAUCUUGAUUGAUGGUGUUGAUAUUUCUAAAUUAGAUUUAAAGACUUUAAGGUCUAAUUUAUCUAUCAUUCCACAAGAUCCAGUCUUAUUCAAUGGUACUAUUAGAAAAAACUUAGAUCCCUUUGGUGACUUCAAUGAUGAAUUAUUGUGGAAUGCAUUAUCAAGAUGUGGUACAUUUGAUUCUGAAGCGAAGGAUUUGAUUAAAUCAGCACUGGUUGAUGAUGUAAGUAAAUUACAUAAAUUUCAUUUAGAUCAAGUUGUCAUUGACGAAGGAGCAAAUUACUCUUUAGGUGAAAGGCAAUUGAUUUCUUUUGCAAGGGCUUUGGUUAGGAAUACGAAGAUUUUGAUUUUGGAUGAAGCAACCUCGUCAGUUGAUUAUGAAACAGAUGCCAAAAUUCAGACCACCCUUAAUAAUGAAUUUGAAAACGUUACGAUUUUGUGUAUUGCUCAUCGGUUACGUACUAUUCUUCAUUACGAUAAAAUCAUGACGUUGGAGAGAGGUGAGGUCAAGGAGUUUGAUACUCCAAUUAAUUUAAUCAGAAAAGACGAAGGUAUUUUCAAAAGUAUGUGUGAAAAAUCUCAAAUUACGGAACAAGAUAUCCUUCAGUCCUGAUUGAAAAUUUCAAACCUUUUUUUCUAACUUGAUUGUGUGUAUUAUUUGUUUUAACUUGUC